AUGGCUUUCGCCGGAGGAGCAGGGGCCGCGCAGGCCGGUGGCGCCGCGAAAGCCGACGGGGGCGGCGUGCGGGGCCCCCCGCUCCCCCGGCCCCUGGCCCCGCUCUCGCCCGGGGGCGCGGGGACCGCCGGCGGCGGGCGCAUGGGGCUGUCGCAGAGCAAGCGGGGUGGCUGCAAAGCCCCGAGGAGUGGCGCAGUGCUGGAGGGUGACAGCAGCCAUGGCCUCACCUUGGCCCCAGCCACCGAUGGCCACAAGGGCCUCAUCCAGCCGAGGAAGGUGCCAAACCCUGUGCGGGAGUCCAGGCGCCACCGGGAGCUGCACCGGGAGCUGCUCUUCAGCCACGGGAGAGGGAUCCUGCCUCGGCACAUGGCUGAGCUCCCACGGGUGCUGGAGAGCCGGCGGCUGAGGCAGCGGCGGCAGGAGGAGCAGCAAGGAUCCACCACGGACCUGGAGCAGCAGCUGAGGAAACGGCAGCAGAGGCUCGAGGAGCACGAGCGGGAGGCAGCCCUGAGCCGCGAGCCGGAACGCCGACCCGAGUUCCUCCGCGUCCGGGAAAGCCUGAGGAGGAUCGAGCUGUCUCCGGAGCCGGCCGUCAGGCAGACGUGA